CUGCGCAGAGCGUUAGGAACGUGACCUGCGAGAGCUUGAUACUCGCUACAUAGGAGAGCUUAAGCGUCCUAUUACAGACCUUUAAACCUCGAUUGAAGAGUUCAAGGAUUGCGAGAAGAUGGUAUGCCAGACUUUAGGCCAGGAGGACAAGUUGCCUGCCUACCUGGUUAGACCAUCGGGAUUGCUAGACUCGCUGCUAGCACAUCGGUUAAAUCAGUCACCCGUCUUUCACCACAGCUCAGCCAGAAGACAGGGAAACGGCAGAUCCUUCGAAUGGAUGCAUUUCUAUGGUGAUGGGCAAUGCCUAUAAACCCUAGGAACGUGACCUGCAAGAGCUUGAUACUCGGGAUAUGAGAGAGCUUAAGCGUCCUAUCACAAACCUUGAAAACCCAUUCAGAGAGUUCAAGGAUUGUGAAGACAAGUUGCCUGUCUACCUGGUCAGACCCUCAGGAUCGCUCAAGUCACCACUUGCGCAUCGGUUGAACCAGCCAUCAGUUACCACAAGGCAUACACAAGACAGCAAAAUGGCGGAUAUUUCCAAUGGCUGCAUUGCUAUGGUGAUAGGCAACGCCUAUGUACCUGGCAAAACGCUGCUCUUCGAUCACAUCCAUCGAAGAGAUGCCCGAUCUGAAGGAAUCGAGCAAUACGACCCCCAACUCCUCAAUUGCCACAAAGAGUACACGGACAAACCAGAGGAUCCUGUCGCUUGAUGC